UCGUCAAAAUUGUUACUUCCGGUGAAAACACAUGGUAGAAUAUAGCUGAAUGUGAUGACAUGACAGCAGUGUAAACAUCGUAGUUUAACAGAAUCAUACAACUUACGAACUUGGGUAUCAUGCCUAAGAAAAAGACAGGAGCCAGGAAAAAGGCCGAAAAACAGAAGGAGAGACAGAGGGGUAUAAGAAAUGCCCAGUUCGAAAGACCGUUGGCAGAUAGGCCAUGCAAUCAGUUAAUGGAAUGUGACCAUUGCAAAAGGAAUCAGAAGUCGAGGGCCUUCUGUUACUUUUGUGGCUCAUUACAAAGGCUGCCUGCUUGUGGAGCAUGUGGCAAAACAAAGUGUAUGAUGAAGUCGAGUGACUGUGUGAUCAAGCAUGCUGGCACAUUCACCACAGGGAUGGCUAUGGUGGGUGCUAUCUGUGAUUUCUGUGAGACAUGGAUCUGCCAUGGUCGGAAGUGCCUGCAGACUCACGCCUGCAUCUGUCCCCUCACAGACGCAGACUGCAUAGAAUGUAAACGAGGCGUCUAUGAUCAUGGUGGUCGAAUAUUCAGGUGUUCCUUCUGUCACAAUUUCUUGUGUGAAGACGACCAGUUUGAACACCAGGCUAGCUGUCAAACACUUGAGUCUGAAAACUAUAAAUGUCUUUCUUGUAAUAAACUAGGCCAGUUUUCCUGUUUACGAUGUAAGACCUGCUACUGUGACGACCAUGUUAGGCGGAAAGGCUUCAAGUACCCCAAGGGUCAGGCCAUACCCUGUCCCAAGUGUGGCUAUGAGACUUCAGAAACCAAGGAGUUGUGCAUGUCCACUCGUCGUUAUGUGUAUGGCCGUCAGCAGGAAGAUUAUGAAGAUGAUGGCUAUGGAGCUUCAGGGUUCUCCUUUAGUGGCUAUGGCAUGAGCACCUCCGGAGGCUACGACCAAGACGAUGAUGAUGAUGACGAAGAUUAUGAAGAUGACGAUGAUGAAGAUGAUGAUGAUGAGGAGGAGGAGGAAGAUGAUGUGAAAGUUACCAAAGAUAUUGAAAAGCUUAAUGUCAAAGAAUGAACUGAGACAGUACUGACAUCACUGAACACAGAGAGACCUAUUAGUUUGGCACUGAAUGAGACUAAAUGGAUUGAAACUGAAAUGAUUGGCCAUUGGCAAUCCCAAAAGUUCCCUCAGGAACUAAUGAAUAGAUGUGGAUGAUACUGAGUAGCAAGAUGAUGAUUAGCAAGGACAGCUGUGAGUGACUUGAUUACAUAGGAUUCAUGUAAAUAUCACUCUGGAUUAACACUAUGGGAAUGGUAAGGUAGAUUCCCAUGAAUUGGGGGAAUACAUGUUGACAAACUUAAACACUGUGAUCGAGAUACUAUGAUGAAGUACAAAAUAAAACAUGCUUUUGA